CCGCGGAUCAGAGCUAGGGUUUUGAGGAUUCCUGGCUGCAAUCGGCGUCGCUCGGUAGUGAAGCGGAAGGCGGCGGAAGGAGCAUCGGCGCCUCGAGAGAGACGGAGAAGCGAUCAUGGUGAAGGGACGCCAAGGAGAGAGAGUCAGGCUCUACGUGAGAGGAACAAUCCUCGGAUACAAGAGGUCGAAGUCUAAUCAGUACCCAAAUACGUCUUUGAUCCAAAUCGAGGGAGUCAACACCAAAGAGGAGGUAGCAUGGUAUGCUGGUAAGCGCAUGGCCUACAUCUACAAGGCAAAGGUGAAGAAGGAUGGAUCACACUAUCGGUGCAUUUGGGGGAAAGUUAUCAGGCCUCACGGUAACAGUGGUGUCGUGCGCGCCAAGUUCAAGUCAAACUUGCCUCCCAGAUCCAUGGGAGCUAGGGUAAGGGUUUUCAUGUACCCCAGCAAUAUAUGAGCUUCUGAGUUCGGGUUAGUUGGUCCCUUGUUGGCUUGAGAGGAUCUGCUUUUUUGUUUUCUUUGAGAGCAAGCUUUAGAUUAUUCUGUAGCAACAAUCAAAAACUUCCGUCAAUAUCCCGCAUUUGCUUAAAAUCUGCAAUCAGUACUACUGUCAA